UCUGCCCCAACUCUUCCCCGCCCCUAGCGCUCGCCGCCUCGCUCGCCUCCUGUCCUUCCCCUCCCGCUCCAUCCGGGUUGCUGACGGCUGGCUCUGGGCUAGAGAGCAGUGGCGGCUGCUCUUCUCUGAGGAACCCGGUAAAGUUUCACAGGAGCCGAAGAGGUGAGCAGCGGAGCAGCUUCACCGACACCGGAGGAGCUCUGGUGUUCGCAGCCACUGGCUUAAGGAGGAGGGUCCGGGAGCUGGAGACCUGUCUCAGCUGCUGCGCUGCCUCCCUCUUGCGGGAGGCGCCGCCCCCAGCCGCCCUGGGCUUCUCCUGCCUUGAGGGGCAGGACGUAGGGAUACCUCCAACUUGCCAGUGUUUCAGAAGGGAGUGUUUUAUUGAAACUGGAAGACCAAAAGAAUUACAAACAUGUUGUGCUGGGGAAAUGCAUCUUUUGGACAGCUAGGUUUGGGUGGAAUUGAUGAAGAAAUUGUACUAGAGCCCAGAAAAAGUGACUUUUUUAUAAAUAAAAAGGUUCGAGAUGUAGGAUGUGGACUCAGACAUACUGUAUUUGUUCUGGAUGAUGGAACAGUAUACACAUGUGGAUGUAAUGAUCUAGGGCAGCUAGGUCAUGAAAAAUCCAGAAAGAAACCAGAGCAGGUUGUUGCGCUGGAUGCCCAAAAUAUCGUAGCUGUUUCGUGUGGAGAAGCUCAUACAUUAGCACUAAACGACAAGGGCCAGGUGUAUGCUUGGGGUCUCGAUUCUGAUGGACAACUUGGCCUGCUAGGAUCAGAGGAAUGUAUCAGAGUACCCAGUAUUAGUUAUAGGGACAAAAGAGAACCCUCCAGGGAACCAAGAAAUAUUAAAAGUUUGUCGGAUAUCCAGAUAGUACAGGUUGCUUGUGGUUACUAUCAUUCACUUGCACUUUCUAAAGCAAGUGAAGUCUUCUGUUGGGGACAGAAUAAAUAUGGCCAGUUGGGUUUAGGCAUUGACUGUAAAAAGCAAGCUUCACCACAACUGAUUAAGUCUUUACUUGGAAUCCCUUUCAUGCAAGUUGCAGCAGGAGGAGCCCAUAGUUUUGUACUCACCCUUUCUGGAGCUAUCUUUGGAUGGGGACGCAACAAAUUUGGUCAACUAGGUCUUAAUGAUGAAAAUGAUAGGUAUGUUCCUAAUUUACUAAAGUCACUAAGAACUCAGAAAAUAGUUUAUAUUUGUUGUGGAGAAGAUCAUACUGCUGCACUAACCAAGGAAGGUGGAGUGUUUACUUUUGGAGCUGGAGGGUAUGGUCAGUUGGGUCAUAACUCUACCAGUCAUGAAAUAAACCCAAGGAAAGUUUUUGAACUUAUGGGAAGCAUUGUCACUCAGAUUGCUUGUGGAAGGCAGCACACUUCUGCUUUUGUUCCUUCAUCAGGACGAAUUUAUUCUUUUGGACUUGGUGGUAAUGGACAGCUAGGAACUGGUUCAACAAGCAACAGAAAAAGUCCUUUCACUGUGAAAGGAAAUUGGUUCCCUUAUAAUGGGCAAUGUCCACCAGAUUUUGAUUCUGAAGAAUAUUUCUGUGUAAAAAGAAUUUUCUCAGGUGGAGAUCAAAGCUUUUCACAUUACUCUAAUCCCCAGAACUGUGGGCCACCAGAUGACUUUAGAUAUCCUGAUCCUUCGAAGCAGAUCUGGACUGUGAAUGAAGCUCUAAUUCAAAAAUGGCUGAGCUACCCCUCUGGAAGAUUUCCUGUAGAGAUAGCCAAUGAAAUAGAUGGAACGUUUUCUUCGUCUGGUUGUCUAAAUGGAAGUUUUUUAGCUGUUAGCAAUGAUGAUCACUAUAGAACAGGCAUCAGAUUUUCAGGGGUUGAUAUGAAUGCUGCUAGGCUUUUAUUCCACAAACUUAUACAACCUGAUCAUCCUCAGAUAUCUCAGCAGGUGGCAGCUAGCUUGGAAAAGAAUCUUAUUCCUAAACUGACUAGCUCCUUACCUGAUGUUGAAGCAUUGAGAUUUUAUCUUACUCUACCAGAAUGCCCCCUGAUGAGUGAUUCCAACAAUUUCACCACAAUAGCAAUUCCCUUUGGUACAGCUCUUGUGAACCUAGAAAAGGCACCACUGAAAGUACUUGAAAACUGGUGGUCAGUACUUGAACCUCCACUAUUCCUCAAGAUUGUAGAACUUUUUAAGGAGGUUGUGGUACAUCUUUUGAAACUCUACAAGAUCGGCAUUCCCCCUUCUGAAAGAAGAAUUUUCAACAGUUUUCUUCAUACCGCAUUAAAGGUUUUAGAAAUAUUACAUAGGGUAAAUGAGAAAACUGGACAGAUUAUACAAUAUGAUAAAUUUUAUAUACAUGAAGUACAAGAGUUGAUAGACAUACGGAAUGAUUAUAUCAACUGGGUCCAACAGCAGGCCUAUGGAAUGGAUGUCAACCAUGGAUUAACUGAGGUGGCAGAUAUCCCUGUUACAAUCUGCACAUAUCCAUUUGUAUUUGACGCCCAAGCAAAAACUACUCUGUUACAAACAGAUGCAGUCUUACAGAUGCAGAUGGCUAUUGACCAGGCCCACAGACAGAAUGUCUCCUCUCUUUUUCUCCCAGUGAUUGAAUCUGUGAAUCCUUGCUUAAUUCUAGUGGUACGUAGAGAAAAUAUAGUAGGAGAUGCAAUGGAAGUCCUUAGGAAAACAAAGAAUAUAGACUACAAAAAGCCACUCAAGGUUAUAUUUGUUGGAGAAGAUGCUGUUGAUGCAGGAGGGGUACGCAAAGAAUUUUUCUUGCUCAUCAUGAGGGAAUUAUUGGAUCCUAAAUAUGGCAUGUUUAGGUAUUAUGAAGAUUCCAGGCUCAUUUGGUUUUCUGAUAAGACAUUUGAAGACAGUGAUUUGUUCCACUUGAUUGGUGUUAUCUGUGGAUUAGCAAUUUAUAAUUUUACUAUUGUGGACCUCCAUUUUCCUUUGGCUUUGUAUAAGAAACUGCUAAAAAAGAAGCCAUCUCUGGAUGAUUUGAAAGAACUAAUGCCUGAUGUUGGGAGAAGCAUGCAACAGUUACUGGAUUAUCCAGAAGAUAAUGUUGAGGAAACAUUUUGUCUUAAUUUUACGAUCACAGUUGAAAACUUUGGUGCAACAGAAGUGAAAGAACUGGUUCUAAAUGGUGCAGACACAGCUGUUAACAAACAAAAUCGGCAGGAGUUUGUUGAUGCUUAUGUGGAUUACAUAUUCAAUAAAUCAGUGGCUUCCUUAUUUGAUGCUUUUCAUGCGGGCUUUCAUAAGGUCUGUGGAGGAAAAGUCCUUCAGCUCUUCCAGCCUAAUGAACUACAAGCAAUGGUUAUUGGAAAUACAAAUUAUGACUGGAAGCAACUGGAAAAGGAAGCUGGACAUUAAAUAAUUGAACUGUGAUGAAUAUAAAGGAAGAGAGUUUAGUGAAUGGUAUAUAAGGAGAAGCCUGACCUAGGGUACAGAAACUGGGAAAACCUCUCAUAGAUGGUACUGUUCACCAGGUAAGUAAGAACUUUGUUCACCGAAGUUUCCCCAUGGCCCCAAAUUUUGACUGAAGCUCAUUAUAUAUGUGCUGAAUGAGUCAGUGAAUGAAUUAGGUGACAUUUAAUCGGAACCCUAAAGGAUAAAUAGAAAUGAGCCUGAUGAACAAGGAAAGGAGGGGUGUGUGUUACAGGGGAAGUAUGUUAGCUGUUCUGUUGCAAAUUACCCCAAAACAUAGUGGCUGAAAGAUGACAGGGACAUUUAUUAUCUCACAUAGUUUCUGAGGGUCUGGAAUUCAGAGGUGGUUUAGUCCAGUGAUUUUAGCUCAGACGUCUCUCAUGUGGUUGCAGUCAUAAUACUGACUGUUGCUGUUAGUCAUCUGAGAUUUAAGGAUAGAAUUUCCCUUCCAAGAUGGCUCACUCCCAUGGCUGCUGACCAAAGGCCUCAGAAUCUCACCAUGAGGACCUCUCCAUGGGGCUGUUUGAAUGUCCUCAUGAAAUGGCAGCUGGCUCCGCCUCAGAGUGAGUGAUCAAAAAGAAGCUAAAGCCACAGAAGUUUUUGUCAUCUAGCCUCAGAAGUCAUGUAUUCUCAUAUCUACAGUAUCCUAAUGAUCAGAGGUCAGGUCUGUUCGGUGUGGGUGGGGACUACACAAGGGUGUGAACAGCAGGAGGCAGAGAUCUUGGAGGGCCGUCUUGGGAACCACCACAGAAAAUUACUAGUGUUGCUCUUAGAGCCAUUUAUUUUUUAAAGAGAAGAUAGAAUAAUACAAAAUAAUUAGUAUGACUUCUGUUCAUCAAUAUCGGGAAAGAAAAUUUUAUAAUUAUUACAGAUACUUAAUUCCAUGUUGAACUUUAAUAAUCCAUUAAUAUUUUAGUAAUUCUGGUUUAUCCUUUAAAUAUUAACUUUGGAAGAUGAUAUUACAAUCCUAUCAUGUUCUUUGAAUUGGUAGGGGGGAGACAUUUCUGCUGAUUCAUAGGUAUUUUCUUCCCUUUCCCCUGGAACUAAUAGUUGCAAAAUGCCCAAGAAGUAGUAAGUAAUUAACUGAAUCACAUGAGUUUCAAACACCUGGACAAUGUUAGCUUUAUGUGCUAAGGAAGCCAGUUUGUCAGAUUCAAGAUAUCCCUUAAUAUUAAUAAAAGGUUGUGUUG